AUGUCUCAGAAGUUGAUCGUCGUCGUCGGCGGCACUGGCAAGCAGGGAGGUUCAGUCGCACGAACUUUCCUCAAUCUCCCAACAUGGCGAGUCCGCAUCACGACCCGCAAUCCUACAUCUCAAGCAGCCACAGAGCUCGCCAAUCUUGGAGCGGAAGUUGUACAAGCAGACCUGAAUGACGCCGCCUCAAUCGAAAAAGCCUUCACCAAUGCCAAUGCCAUCUUCCUCAACACCGAUUACUGGGCUGUCUGGCGGCCAUUGAAAGCAGCGCUCGACGCCGAAGGCAAAUCAUACGAAUCGGCGAGCGAGAAAGCGUAUGAAACUGAAACUGGGCAAGGACGACGAGCUGUCGACGCUGCAGCCAAAGUCCCAUCUCUCGAACGCUUCAUCUUCUCUCCAUUGAUCGACGUCAUCAAAGCAUCCGGUGGAAAAUAUCCUCGAUCGCAGCACGCAAAUGCGAAAGCCUGGAUUGCCAACUACAUCGAGACUGCACAUCCAGAUCUGGCCAAGAAGACGAGUCUCAUCUACCUCGGCGGCUACAACGACAACCCAUCUCUCACACCACGGCCAAACGAAGCUACCGGUCGCUACAUGUUCAUCAUGCCUCUGAAAAACACUUUCCGCAUGCCAAUAAUCGAUCCUAGUAAAUCUACUGGCAAGUUUGUUCGAGCCUUGAUUGAAGAUGAACAGCCUGGGACGAAGCUCCUGGCUUAUGACACUUUCCCCACGAUCAGCGAGAUUGUGAGCAGUUGGAGCAAUGAGAAUGGCAAGGAAGCAGACUUGAUCCCAAUCUCCAUUCAAGCUUUGCACGAAAAGAUGGGAAUGACUUGGGAGCAUCUGGACAUCUUAUCGACUCUUGACGAGACUGGUGACUACAUGGCUGGCGUUGAGGGAUACAUUGAGCCCCAGCAAUUGAAGGCGUCGAAGAUUUGA